GUAUCUCGGUUACAGAGUGGUCCUCCCCAGGGUCAUUCUAUGUACACACUACGUAUUUCCAGCCAACGAGGAGCGUGAAUCAAACAGCACGGGAGACAAACAGAGAUAGAUUGGAGCCUGGCACGGGGCACAUAAGGUGGCCGGCCGGCUGCUGAGCCCUCUGCCGCGGGGGGAGACGGUCUGCGCCGGCCCGCGGCCGCUCACCAUGACCAUGACCCUACACACCAAAGCGUCCGGCAUGGCCCUGCUGCACCAGAUCCAAGCCAACGAGCUGGAGCCCCUGAACCGCCCGCAGCUCAAGAUCCCCCUGGAGCGGCCCCUGGGCGAGAUGUACGUGGACAGCAGCAAGCCCGCCGUGUACAACUACCCCGAGGGCGCCGCCUACGACUUCAACGCCGCGGCCGCCGCCUCCGCGCCCGUCUACGGCCAGUCGGGCCUCCCCUACGGCCCCGGGUCCGAGGCGGCGGCGUUCGGCGCCAACGGCCUGGGGGCCUUCCCGCCGCUCAACAGCGUGUCUCCGAGCCCGCUGGUGCUGCUGCACCCGCCGCCGCAGCCCCUCUCGCCCUUCCUGCACCCGCACGGCCAACAGGUGCCCUAUUACCUGGAGAACGAGCCGAGCGGCUAUGCGGUGCGCGAAGCCGGCCCUCCCGCCUACUACAGGCCAAAUUCAGAUAAUCGACGCCAAGGUGGCAGAGAGAGAUUGGCCAGUACCAGUGACAAGGGAAGCAUGGCCAUGGAAUCUGCCAAGGAGACCCGCUACUGUGCAGUGUGCAAUGACUAUGCCUCAGGCUACCAUUACGGAGUUUGGUCUUGCGAGGGCUGUAAGGCCUUCUUCAAGAGAAGUAUUCAAGGACAUAAUGACUACAUGUGUCCGGCCACCAACCAGUGCACAAUUGAUAAAAACAGGAGGAAGAGCUGUCAGGCCUGCCGGCUACGCAAGUGCUAUGAAGUGGGCAUGAUGAAAGGGGGGAUACGGAAAGACCGAAGAGGAGGGAGAAUGUUGAAGCACAAGCGCCAGAGAGAUGAUGGGGAGGGCAGGAACGAAGCGGUGCCCUCCGGAGACAUGCGAGCUGCCAACCUUUGGCCAAGCCCGAUCAUGAUUAAACACACUAAGAAGAACAGCCCGGUGUUGUCCCUGACGGCUGACCAGAUGAUCAGUGCCUUGCUGGAGGCUGAGCCCCCCAUAAUCUAUUCUGAGUAUGACCCUACCAGACCUUUCAGUGAGGCUUCAAUGAUGGGCUUGCUGACCGGCCUUGCAGACAGGGAGCUGGUACACAUGAUCAACUGGGCAAAGAGGGUGCCAGGAUUUGUGGAUCUGGCCCUCCACGAUCAAGUCCACCUUUUGGAAUGUGCCUGGCUAGAGAUCCUCAUGAUUGGUCUUGUCUGGCGCUCCAUGGAGCAUCCAGGGAAGCUCCUAUUUGCUCCCAACCUUCUCCUGGACAGGAACCAGGGAAAAUGUGUGGAAGGCAUGGUGGAGAUCUUUGACAUGUUGCUGGCUACAUCGUCUCGGUUCCGUAUGAUGAAUCUCCAGGGAGAAGAGUUUGUGUGCCUCAAAUCCAUCAUCUUGCUUAAUUCUGGAGUGUACACAUUUCUGUCCAGCACUCUGAGGUCUCUGGAAGAGAAGGACCACAUCCACCGCGUCCUGGACAAGAUCACAGACACCUUGAUCCAUCUGAUGGCCAAAGCAGGCCUGACUCUGCAGCAGCAGCACCGGCGUCUGGCCCAGUUCCUCCUCCUCCUCUCUCACUUCAGGCACAUGAGCAACAAAGGCAUGGAGCACCUAUACAGCAUGAAGUGCAAGAAUGUGGUGCCUCUCUAUGACCUGCUGCUGGAGAUGCUGGAUGCCCACCGCCUGCACGCCCCAGCCAACUUCGGGAGCGCACCCCCGGAGGACGUGAAUCAGAGCCAGCUGGCCACCACUGGCUGCACUUCAUCGCAUUCCUUGCAAACAUAUUACAUCACUGGGGAGGCAGAGAAUUUCCCCAGCACAGUCUGAGAGUUCCCCGGCUCCCGGCCCCCGCACCCGCCAAGGUUCUGAGAAUCCCUGUUGCACUUUACCCACAUCAUGCAUCACUCUAGCCGAAUUCUGCCCCUGCACACACUCUUGGCAUGCACCCACCACUGGCUUUCUGGUAUGGAUGGCCAUUCAUUCGCUCGCUCAGUUCUAUGUGGCACGCCUUGUUUUGGGAACAGCCAAAGGGAUUCCAGGGCUCAUUUCUUUGUAACCGUUCUCUCUCUCUCUGCCUUUGCUACCUUACUCAACACGAGGAUUCACCUAGCGCUUCAUGACUGAGCUCGGUCUCUGAGCUGGGUUCAGGUGACUGUGCACUUUAGCUACUUGUGACCCAGGCCUGGAGAGUGGACAUGUCACCUCCAUGAACGUGAAGCACUUGUUAAUGGAUCUGAGCAUCAGCCACAGGAAAGAACUGGAAGUGGCUCCUUUAAUUGCUGACUUGGAGAAAACGAGGCCCAGGGUUCAUUAUAAUGUCCUCUUGUAUUCCUAUAGGUCCAUAUCAUUUUAUUAAAGCUUUUUCUCUGUUGCAUGGCUGUAGCAGAAUAUUCAGUGAUUGUCCACCCACUUCCCCUAUAGGAAUACAAGAUGCACACAGGGAAGGAAGGCCCCUAAUUGUCAAGACUUUGUCAGCUUAGUACACUGCCCCUUCAAAUUUGCUAAACGCUUUACCAUUGAGAGCACUAAAUAUAUAUAGGUCAUGGGUUCCAAUUAAUUCUCGCUUCCCAUGGAUCCAUGGAAAGCAGCAAAGCUGAUCCCAGUUAAGUAACCUCCACAUCCACCAGUUUAGAUAGAUACUUGUCUUUUGUUUUCAUUUUCAUUUUAUAAAAGAAAGCCUCACCUCCCCCUUCUCCCCCUGCCCCCACCCCAGGACUUGCAGUAAAUGGGCUUCAGGACCUGUUCUAGUGUGAUCUUACUCCUACCAGCAGAGGGCGCUCUACAUGGCUCUUCCUGGUGUGUCACUUACAAGGUGAAUUCCUAGUGCCUAGGCUGCUGAAAAUCCUGCUUGGAAAAUCCCAUGGACUGAGGGGCCUGUUAGGCUACAGUCCAUGGGGUCGUAAAGAGUCAGACACCACUGAGCGACCUCACUUUCACUUUCAGGCUGCGACCAAGGGCAAAGGAGCAGGCACUCUGGUGACACUUUUAGCCCCGGGACUGUGGGCUUAAUAGUAAACGUGCAUGAUUCUUGUAGGGGCUAGAGACCAAAGAGGGGCAGAAACUGGAUAAAACUGUGAGGCUCAGGAUGGCCCUGCCACAGGCUGCAGCCACUUUGGAGUGCUACGGGCUGACCCCACAGUGUAGUACGGGGCUGCCCUGGGGUCCAUGGAGGGCUGUCCUCCUCCUCCUCUUCCCUUUUGUGCUCCCAGUGACCCUGGUUGGAGGCAAGUGCUCCUUCGGGGAGGAGAGCCAGCAUUGGAGCUUUCUGAACUCAGGCUGCCUGGGGCCUGGUCAGACCACACCUGCCCUUGGUUAUUUAGAGCUCAUGCAAAAAUCAGGGUUUAGCCUCGAGGGGGGAGGAAAAAAGACAAAACUUCUCCAGACUCUGUUUCAUUAAACUUCCUAAGCCAAGAGAAAAAGACUAGAAUUGGGCCAUAGGAAUCCAUUGGACCUAUAGACUAAACAAGAAAAGCUCACUAAACAAGAAGCAGCUUCCCUGGGUCUUUGUGUCUCUAAAGCAGUUAUGAAUUAGUUCCCCUUCUCAGCUAUAAAGAAAGUUUGGUUUCCUCUGGUGACCACACUGUCUGUAACUCGAACCCUGUUGACAGGCAAUGUGUUAGGCAACAAACCCAGCCAAGGUUCUAGGGCUUCUCUUGGGAUGCCUGUUUCAGAAGUGGAUUUCACUCAUCUGAUUACCCAGUAAGUGAUCACCAAAGGGCCGGGAACCUGGGAAGGCCAAAAAAAUAAAAAGUUUUUUCACAAGUGCAUCUAAAUUUGGGGGCGAUUUUAUGUAUCUGCAGUAAGAAUGUUUAGAACAUAAUUCUUUUGUUGUUUUUGUUUAAGAAGCACCUUAUACAGUAUAAUAUAUAUAUUUUUGAAAUUGUAAUGCUUGUUUAUCAGACAACUGAAUGUAGUGAUUCUGUUUUGGAUUUAAUUUGACUGGGUUAACAUUCAAAGCCAACAAAAAAUAUGUUUACUUUUUUGGUAUCACUACCUUGUCAUGUAGUCAUUGAUGCCUAAGGCCUGGUGAUUAUUCAUUUAAAUGAUGAUCACAUUUUCAUAUCAACUUUUAUAUCCACAGUAGAUGAAAUAGCACUAAUCCAGAUGCCUAUUGUUGGAUAUUGAAUGAUAGACAAUCAUAUGUAGCAGAGAUUAUACCUGAAAGGGAAAAUUAUUCAGGGCAGCUAAUUUUGCUUUACCAAAAUAUAAGUAGUAAUAUUUUUGGACAGUAGCUAAUGGGUCAGUGGGUUCUUUUUAAUGUUUAUACUUAGAUUUUCUUUUAAAAAAAUAAAAACAAACAAAAAAAUUCUAGGAUUCUAGAUGAUGUAAUACCAGCUAAAUCCAAACAAUAAUCCAGCGGAGGGUUUUACAUUAUUCACAUAAGAUGUUUGUAUUCAUGUAAAGACACUAUUACAUUUGAAAUGGGCAGAGAGCACCAGAUGGUUGGUAUGUUAGCCCAGGAGUUUCAAGUAAUUUUAGAAAUCUCUUAUUCUUAAAUGAAGUGCCACUAAUGGAGAGCUGAUACUUUGCAGCUGAUGUUACUCGGAUGUAGGGAAUAUGCUGUAUUUUUCCCCCCUACUCUGAUACAGUUUAAAGUUUGAAAGACAAGGUCAAUCAGAGAGGGAGUGGAUGGGUCAGUAGAAUAGAGUAGGGAAAUGGGUUUGGGCAUUUUAAGAAUGAAAAAUAUCGUGAUAAGAGUCUUGAAAGCAUUUUGAGGCAGAUGAGCACUGGCACUUGGGGUGUGCACCAGGGUUCAGUAUUUCACUUGUGUCCCGUUCACCACGAAUAGCUGUAUAUGACAGCUGAUCCUAUAAUGGCAGCUCAAGUUCUGGGGCAGAACUAGAGGCAUGUGCAGUACAGUCCAAGAAAUAGCUAGUGGUCUGUGUUUCUUUUAGCCAUCACCUAGCUCCAGGCUUGCAGUAAUGAUUCUGUAAUGCUGUCACGCAACAAUCAUAGAGGUUAGUUCAUCCAAAGAGAAGACCCUACGUAGGUUGCAAAACCCAGCCCCUGAGGAAGUGUAGUCAUUGAUUCAAUUUCCCUAUUAACCUUGCAACUGUGUUUAACCAUGCCAUAGCCCGUGCCUUUUGAGGGCUGAACAAAUAAGACGCUAACUGAUAAUCCAACUUCUGAUCCCAUUUAGAUGUUCUUGCUUUAAAAUCUUUAUACGCUGAAAUGGCUGUUGGUUUAGGCCACUGGUUUAGACUAUCCCUACAUGAAACCAAUCCCAAAUCUCUUCCUAGUCAUACUCCCCACCUCUGAGAUGGACUGUGGGUACUGGGAGUGAUCACUAGGACUGUAGUUAACGUUUGAUAUUCACAGGCAGAUUUGCUUCUGGAAACUAGUUAUUAGAAACACAUGUAGAGUCAUAUGUAGCUUCUGAGACAGCCGUGAUUCUCUUGGGUUCAAGUCUUGGGAUGAUGACCCAGAUGACGCUGCACACUUCCUGGGUGAACUUCCUGAAAACUUACUGUCAACUGGAGCAAAUGACUGCAAGUGCCGUCCCACACAUCCACCUUUUCAUUAGUGUUAGUCUCUGUUUUUAAUUGCAGUUCCUUUCCAUUUGGAUUAACGUGAAUGUGGCCUCCUUCUAAGUCACUGAAAAUUGUUUUCUAAGUAACUGCUGCCUCUAUUAUGGCACUUCAAGUUUGCACUGUCUUUCAGAGAUUCAAGAAAAAUUUCUAUUUUUGUUUUUUUUGCAUCCAAAUGUGCCUGAACUUUUAAAAUGUGUAAAUGCUGCCAUAUUUCAAACCCAUCUUCAGUGUGUUUUUACAGAGCUGUGUACCCUGGAAACCACAUACAGCCCCAUGAACAGCUGCCUGAGGCACGGACCCCUUUGCAUUCACAGAGAGGUCAUUGGUCAUAGAGACUUGAAUUAAUAAGUGACAUUAUGCCAGUUUAUGUUCUCUCACGGUUUAUAAACAGCGCUUUUUGUGCACUACGUAUUCUUCAGUGUAGAGCUCUUGUUUUUAUGGGGAAAAGCUCAAAUGCCAAAUUGUGUUUGAUGGAUUAAUAUGCCAAUGCAUACUAUUAUUGAUGUGAUUCUGUUUUGUUGCAGCUUUGCUUUGUUUAAUGAAACACACUUGUAAACCUCUUUUGCACCUUACAAAAAAAAAAAAAGAAUCCAGUGGGAUGCUCAAGCACCUUAAACA